GUCAGACCUCCCACCUCAUUCUCAUUCUUCCAUCUCCCCAUCCUUCCACUCUCUCGCCUUUUCUUUCUCUUUCCUCCAUUUCCUGUUGCGUUUAUCGAUCGGUCGUCGUACAUUCCCGGCGACAGACGACAAGGAAUAAAUACAACACACCACCGUAGAAACCGAUCUCCGCUAGCUUCUCCAUCUGGCCGGUCAAACAGAGACAGCGCCUCCCCGAGCGGUGCUCCAGGAAGCGAUCACAGCCUGCUCAGCUUUUUUCCUCAUCUCCUCCUUCGAUAAAAGGUUCGUCCGAACAAUCUUCUUCUUGAUUGCUCUCCGUGUGGAUUUGCAUGGCUAGCUGUUGCUUGUUGAAUAAUUCACUGGCAAUUCGAUCCCUGUUUCGUUGAUUCGGUGAUCCACCUGCCACCUGCAAUCUUUCUUCUUCUUAGAUCUGGAUCCGAUCGAAUUAGUUUCCAAGCCUUGUAAGCUCAGUGAUCGCGUGACGAAUUUCAUUUUCGCUGGCUUAAUUCGUUUUUACCGGUCCAGGAGGUGAAACAGAGCUUCUUCUUUUUUUAUUCCACUUGAAUAUUCCUGAAAAUGUUUGAAUGGCGCUUGUUUUUUUCCUGACUUUUUUCAGAAAGAUCAACUCUUUGUUGAGCUGCCCCGCCCGCCCCAUCAUGUUUCGAAGGAAGCAACAGAAUGGUCAGGAGAUUGACCCUGCACAGAGAGAUGCUAAGGUGAAUGAGCUACGAGCUGCUUUAGGGACUCUGUCAGGCAGGAAAGCAAAGUACUGCACCGAUGGAUGCCUGCGGAGGUACUUGGAAGCUAGGAACUGGAACGUCGACAAGGCUGCGAAAAUGCUGGAGGAAACUCUCAAGUGGAGGGCCACAUAUAAACCUGAACAAACCCGCUGGCACGAAAUAGCGCACGAAGGGGAGACGGGUAAGGUGUUUCGAGCCAAUUUCCGCGAUCGUGCUGGGAGGACAGUGCUGAUAAUGAGGCCUGGGAUGCAGAACACCAACUGUGCAGAGGACAACAUCCGGCAUCUGGUGUAUCUCAUCGAGAACAGCAUUCUCAACCUUCCUGAAGGCCAAGAGCAGAUGUCGUGGUUGAUUGACUACACAGGGUUUUCAUUGAACACCAGCGUCUCCAUUCGAACGGCUCGUGAGAUCAUCAACAUUUUGCAGAAUCACUACCCGGAGAGGCUCGCCCUUGCGUUUCUUUACAGCCCGCCAAGGAUUUUCGAAGCGUUCUGGAAGGCUGUGAAAUACUUCUUGGAUCCAAAAACUUCACAGAAGGUGAAGUUCGUGUACCCGAACAAGAAAGAGAGCGUGGAGCUCAUGAGCUCCCUCUUCGACGCUGACAACCUUCCUAAAGAGUUUGGUGGGAAGGCCACGUUGCAGUAUGAUCACGACGAGUUCUCUCGGUUGAUGGCUCAAGAUGAUGUAAGAACUGCAAAGUUCUGGGGAUCGGAUGAGAAGCCAGUCCCCAUUUCCAGCAGUCUUGCUGUGAACCAGGUCGCCCCAGAGCCAUUGCCUCUGGCCCCAGCUGCCAGCUAGAAGCUAUAGCUUUGUCUAUCAUAGAAUAUCAAGCAAGUCUUACCUAUGAGAAAUCCAAAAUGGCGGAACAAAAAGCAACUGAAAGGGAACUUCCUCAUCUAAUUUAUUAUUAGUGAAUGAGUUUAUGAAUUACCGGUCUAAAUUGAUGUACUUGUUUAACAGUUAUUGUUAUAUGCAGAUAGAACACAGUUUGUCUCUAAAAACAUAUUCCUCGACUCUUUGCUCUUAUGCUGCUUGAUGUAUUUCCAUCUUGCCUAUUGGGAUUGUAAGAAUGAAACAAAUGAAAAGAAAUGAAACCU